UUUAUUGACACAACCCCUGUGUACAGGGAUUAAGCAGGGUUGUCCUUCAGUGGAGCUAUUCAAAUAGCCUUAACUCUGGCUCAUUUUUGCGUAUUUUGAAUAACAGUACGUAAAAGGAAACUACACCGCUGUUGACUAUGGCUGCAAAGAUUUUGCCCGUAGUGAAACUGGCCACCAAGGUGACCAUUGCAGGAGGAGCUCUCUACGUCGCCUGUGACUCUGGUCUGUUGGGAAGCAGUGAGCAGGGCUCAGAGGCCCUGGUGAAGGCCAAGGCUGCAAUACCCCCUGCCAUAGAGGAAUGGAUGAAGUACUUUGGCCUGGAGGCUCAGCUUCCAACCAUGCCUAAGAUUGAAUUCUCCCCUGUUAAAGCGUGGAACUCUGGAGUGCGGUGGACAAUUUCAAGUCUUUCGGAGGCUCCAACAAAAGCAAAUGAAUACACAAAUCAGGGUUUGCAGUACCUGAAAGACCUCACCAAGUGAACUGGAACUCUCUGGACAACCUGGCAUUUAUCAAUCUUUUUGAGUUUUGCACUUGAGAAAAGAUAUCACUUCUUCAAAAGGUGUAGCUCCUCACAAGAAAGAAGAAACACCCAACAUAAAAGGCAACUGUUAGAUGAAAAGAAGUUGUGAAAUUUGGCUGCAAGGAGUGACGUUUCCUACUGUGGUUCUCUAAAUGAUAGUGGCAUUGGUUGGGAGUUGUAUUGUACAUAAUGCUAGGAAGCAAAAUGUAUUUUUUAAAAGUUGUUCUUUAAUUUUGUGUAUACCACCAAAUUUCAUUUUGCUCAACACUGUCCAAUAUACAAUAUUUUCCUCCCCCUUGUUCUCAAACCACCCAGAUGUUAUGAAGAGAAUGUCUGUUGUGUGUGUCACCAUUUGUGACUAAAUAAUACAUUGAUCUUAAAACAUG